GCAAAAAGGCACGCGAGACACAAAGUUCGCGUCUGUUGCUUGCCCCAACUCCUUUCGAGAGAAGCGCUGGCUGCUGCUACACCCACUCACCGCUGUUAUUGCCGCCAGCCGGCAGGCAGAACGAGACUGUGGAGCCGGUCAGCGCGCCGCUGCGGGAUUUGGCGUCCGGCGCAGUUUCUUCCCAUUGAAGCCUCUGGGCUCCACCGGGCUCUGCUGCUGUUGCCCCCGCAGCAGUAGGUUUGGCCGCUGCCUCCGCUGGCUGAGGAAAAAGAAGAGGAGGAGGAGGAGGAAAAGAAGAGGAGGCGGGGAGGGGAGGAUGGAGCCCGGCAAAGAGCCUGGGGCUUUAUCGGCAUCAGCGGACAAGCCCGGCGAGCAGGAGCCGCCGUCUUCCUUUCAGGCCCGGCUGUGGAAAAAUCUACAGCUGGGGGGCAAGGGCGGCAAAGUGGCUGCGGAGCGCCGCAGUGCGGAGACCUCGCCGUCCCUUCUUCGUCCGGCGGCGGCCUCCCAGCCGCCCAGCAAGGGGGAUUUGGCGAGCGGUGGCGGCGGCGCCAAGUGGGGCGGCUUCAAGCGCAGGAAGCACGUGCUGGACCGAGUCAUCUCGUCCUCGCAGCCCAACCUGUGCUGCUCCUCCGCCGAGCCCCUGGAGGCUGGGAGCACCGAGGCCGGCUCGGCUCUGCGCCGCCUGCGAGAGCAUUUCCUUCACCACCCCCAGGGCAGGGGGCAGCAGCACGCCGCCGCCUCCUCCUCGGCGUCUUCCUCGGUCUGCUCUUCGCCGCUUCCUCCGCCUGCCCCCGCCAGAGCAGGCAAAGGAGGCGGGGAUGGGCCCCCCAAAGCUCGGACUGCUGAGGGGGAGCAGGAGGCGCGGCGACCUGGAACGCAUCUGUCCCACCAGAAGAGCUCUUCUCUGCCCGGCACCACCUGCUUGGAGCAGCUGUUGCAGGAAUCGCCCACCAAGGGCAAGGCCAAGGGAACCCAGGGCGGCAGCAGCCCGGCGGUGAGUCCUUUCAGUUCAGUUGCUAAUGCAGAAUUACCCUUGGCUGAUCCUGGAAUGUACCAGUUGGACAUUACAUUAAAAAGCGGUCAUAAUUUAGCAGCUCGUGAUCGAAGAGGGACAAGUGAUCCAUAUGUCAAAUUUAAAAUAGGUGGAAAAGAGAUCUUCAGAAGCAAAACAAUCCAUAAGAAUCUUAACCCAGUGUGGAAUGAAAGAACUUCCAUCUUUGUUGAGCAGUUAAGGGAACAACUGUAUAUAAAGGUCUUCGAUUAUGACUUUGGCCUCCAAGAUGAUUUCAUGGGAUCAGCAUUUUUGGACCUCAAUUCUCUAGAACAAAAUAGGUCAAUCGACGUUACGUUGAGUCUGAAGGAUCCGCAUUACCCAGAUGAUGAUCUUGGAACUAUAUUAUUGUCUGUGUUGCUGACACCAAAAGAACAACCAAGGGAAGUGACAAUGCUAAUGAGGAAGAGUUGGAAAAGAUCAAGUAAGUUUCAGACCCAGAGUUUACGUCUGUCAGACCUGCACAGAAAAUCUCAGCUAUGGAGAGGGAUAGUCAGUGUCACUUUGAUUGAGGGUCGUGAACUCAAGGCCAUGGAUCCAAAUGGACUCAGCGAUCCCUAUGUGAAAUUCCGGCUGGGACAUCAGAAGUACAAGAGUAAGAUUGUCCCAAAAACUUUGAAUCCUCAGUGGAGGGAACAGUUUGACUUCCAUCUGUAUGAGGAACGUGGUGGAAUUAUUGAUAUUACUGUGUGGGACAAAGAUGUUGGCAAAAAGGAUGAUUUUAUUGGCAGGUGCCAGGUUGACCUGUCGACCCUGACUAAAGAACAAACUCAUAAACUGGAGCUGCCUCUAGAGGAAGGAGAAGGCUUUCUGGUACUGCUGGUCACCUUGACAGCCUCGGCUACAGUCAGCAUCUCUGACCUCUCAGUUAAUUCCUUGGAGGACCAGAAGGAACAGGAAGAAAUUCUAAGGAGAUAUAGCCUAGUGAGGAUGUUUCAUAAUAUGAAGGAUGUGGGAUUUCUCCAGGUGAAGGUCAUCAGAGCAGAAGGUUUGAUGGCAGCUGAUGUAACAGGCAAGAAUGACCCAUUUUGUGUAGUUGAGUUGAACAAUGAUAGACUGUUGACACACACUGUAUACAAGAACCUUAACCCAGAAUGGAAUAAAAUCUUCACGUUCAAUAUUAAGGAUAUCCAUACAGUACUUGAAGUGGCAGUUUAUGAUGAAGAUAGGGAUCGGAGUGCUGACUUCCUGGGCAAAGUGGCUAUUCCAUUGUUGUCUAUUCAAAAUGGUGAACAGAAAGCCUACGUCUUGAAAAACAAGCAGCUGACAGGGCCAACAAAGGGGGUCAUCUAUCUUGAAAUAGAUGUGAUUUUUAAUGCUGUGAAAGCUAGCUUGCGAACAUUAACGCCCAAAGAACAGAAGUACAUUGAAGAAGAAAACAGAAUUUCUAAACAGCUUUUGCUAAGGAACUUUGUUCGUAUGAAGCGUUGUGUCAUGGCCCUCAUAAAUGCUGCCUACUAUAUAAACAGUUGCUUUGACUGGGAUUCACCACCAAGGAGCCUUGCUGCUUUUUUGCUCUUUCUAUUUGUGACUUGGAAUUUUGAACUCUACAUGAUUCCUCUGAGCUUGCUGUUGCUGUUGGUGUGGAAUUAUUUUCUGAUCGUAUCAGGGAAGGAUAAUAGACAACAUGAUACAGUAGUGGAGGACAUGUUAGAGGACGAGGAAGAAGAGGAUGACAGAGAUGACAAGGACAGUGAAAAGAAAGGAUUUAUGAAUAAGCUCUAUGCCAUCCAGGAAGUGUGUGUCAGUGUCCAGAACAUCCUUGAUGAAGUGGCUUCCUUUGGAGAAAGGAUAAAGAAUACCUUCAACUGGACUGUUCCAUUCUUAAGCUGGCUGGCCAUUGUUGCCUUCUCUGUGUUCACAGUCAUCCUAUAUUUUAUUCCACUGAGAUACAUUGUCCUUGUCUGGGGUAUCAAUAAAUUUACGAAGAAACUCCGAAGUCCGUAUGCAAUUGAUAACAAUGAAGUACUUGAUUUCCUUUCCAGAGUUCCUUCAGAUGUACAAGUGGUGCAGUACCAAGAACUGAAACAAGAUCCUACUCACAGUCCAAGUCGGAGAAAGAAAAACAACCCUGGCUAGCCAAUUUCAUGUGCUGUGGAGACCAGCAUCUGUUCUAGGAAAAAUGAGCCCAAGACCUAAGGAGUAUUUCCUCUCUAUAAGCUUUAUUUAUUUUGCCUUUUCAUCACAAUGGAGAAAACUGUAAAUUCUAUACAAAGGGAUUUAUCAGUGAAUAUAUAUUUGUGCAGGACUAAAAAGAUGGUUUCACAUAUGGCGUAUGCUUUUUGCAAACAUUGUUAGAUGAGAUGGUCUAUUGAUAGAAUGAAUGUGAAAUGGUAAGUGAUGGGACUCAAACAAUUGGGUAGCAAAAGUAGUGUUAAAUUAUGCUUUUAACUCCAGCCCUGGUUAAUUUUUAAAAGGUAAAGAUUCAUGCAUGACCCAUCUUUUUAUCUGAGAAAGAUCAUUGAUAUUGUUUUAAAUGUUUUCUACAUUCACUACCAGUAUAAUGCAAAGGAACUUAGUGCAUUUUAUUUUUAAAAAAUCUGUAAUUAGAUCCUGCUGCAAAUAAUCAACCAACUGGGGCUUACCUGAACAUGAGCAGUCUACACUAUAUAUGAAUGUUUGACUGGAUCUCCAAAGAUUUAAAGAGAUUUCUUAACACUUUUAUCAUUCCACCGCAAGACUUUGGAAGAAAACACCUGUAUCUGAAAUACUGCCAGGUUUAUAACUGAUUGCAUAGCUAAGUUUUUAUAUCACCACGCCUCUUGAUUUGUACUAACUGGCUUAGUGAAUAAUCUGCAUUUUAGCUCAAUUGUAAAGAAAAUAUUAUCAGACUAAAACUAUAUUGCUUCUGGUGUCAGGGUAUGAACACCUUUUGUGCACAUAAAGAAUGCUGAAACUACAAUGUUUGCUUCCUAAUUAAAAUGUCAUGUUAAAAGACUAUAGCAUAAUACUUUGCCAUGGCGAAUGACAGUGUAGAGGAAAAGUACAAUAUUGGUAGAAGAAUUGAUAUACCAGUUUAUAGAAGGGAAAUAUGGUUUACAUUUCAAAACAUUACCAUUGUCUAAGGAGUAGCUAGAGACAUUUUGUUAAGCUGUGACCCUCAGAGGUCAGGUAUGUACACCCAAGGACUUUACCAGAUAGUCUUUACAGAGAACUAGCUCCAAGUGAGGUACUGAAGGACGAAGUAAGGAUAAACUGAUUUUGAACUCACAGGAAAGAGAGUGAGUGAGUGAGUGAGUGAGUGGGUAUUGCUGCUGUUCAUACAGGGCAUUCAGUCUGACAUGGUUGCUUACCAAGUUCUGUUGCACUACUGUCAAAAUAGUACUUUGGGGUUGGGGAAGAGAAUGAUAGUAUUGUAUGCACAGGAAAAUGUAGAUACAGUUACUUAUGCCUAAAGGUAUUCUUAAAUUGCAUUUCUCAUGAAAGCUAAUUUUGAAAAUUAUUUUUAUCUUAAAGAUUUGUUGCUCUUUCUUACAAAAGAGUUAUUUUGAUCUUGCCUGUUUAUAUAACAUAUUUAAAGAAUGCCAAACAAGUUCUCUUACUACAAAGAGGGUCUGACCUGAAUAUUCUGUGGUUGUAUUGCCAAGUGGUAGUAAUUUAUUUAAUUUUGACAUGUACUCAUGAACCUGUCUCUCUCUUUUUUAUUGCUGAUGAACAAUAUGCCUACAACUAACCUUACUGUAGGAUCUGCACUGAUGUAACUAUGGAGGCAGGGGCUUCUGCAAUGUCCUGUUUAAUACACAAAACCUUUUUUCCCCCUCUUUAUUUGUUCCCUUAAUGUCUUAUCAUUCUUUGAGCCAUUUUUCUUGUACAAAAUACUUAUUUAACAUUAACUCCAUUAAACUCAUAUAACAAA